UUUUCUUUUUGAAAAGUACUUCCAAUGUAUUAUAUAUAACAUUAUGUUAUAUGAACCACAUAUCUUGAUAGAAACAGAAGGGUAUUCUGAGAAAUCAACAUAGAUGGCAAGCAAUAAAUUCAGUUUUUGUUUCCUAAUUUUCUUCAUAAGUUAUGGAAUGCUAAUUCCAACACAGUGCCUUGGUGAUAUAUGUUUACCAAAAGAACAUGUUGCAUUAUUUAUAUUUGGAGAUUCAUUAUUUGAUGUUGGAAACAAUAACUAUAUCAAUACAACUACUGAUUAUCAAGCUAAUUUCUCACCAUAUGGUGAAACCUUUUUCAAGUUUUCAACUGGUAGAUUUUCUGAUGGACGUGUCAUUCCAGAUUUCAUAGCUGAGUAUGCUAAGUUGCCAUUAAUUCAACCAUACCUAUUUCCUGAUUCUCAACAAUACAUUAAUGGAAUCAAUUUUGCAUCUGCUGGAGCUGGGGCUUUAGUAGAAACCUAUCAAGGAAUGGUGAUAGAUCUAGAGACACAAUUGACUUAUUUCAAGAAUGUCAAGAACGUACUAAGGCAAAAAUUAGGAGAUGAAGAAACCACAAAUCUGUUGGCCAAAGCUGUUUACUUGAUUAACAUUGCAGGCAAUGAUUAUUUUGCAGAAAAUUCCAGCUUAUACACUCAUGAAAAAUAUGUAUCAAUGGUGGUUGGUAAUAUUACAACUUGGAUCAAAGGAGUGCAUGAGAUUGGAGGGAGGAAAUUUGGGCUUCUUAACACACCAUCUAUAGGUUGUUUUCCAUUUGUCAAUGCUCUUGUAAAUGGGACUAAAAUAGGUUCUUGUCUUGAAGAGUUUUCAGCACCAGCUCAAGUGCACAACACUAUGCUUUCUGAGGAACUUGAGAAGUUAACCAAAGAGAUCAAAGGAUUUAAAUAUUCAUUAUUUGAUCUCUUUAAUUUUACUCUUGAUGCCUCAAGCAACCCUACCAAAUAUGGUUUGAAAGAAGGAGCGGUGGCAUGCUGUGGUAGUGGCCCUUACAAUGGAAAUUACAGUUGUGGAGAUAAAAGACUAGUGAAAGGUUAUGACUUGUGUGAGAAUCCUUCUGAAUAUUUGUUCUUUGACUCUACUCAUCCUACUGAAACUGGUAGUAGGAUUAUUUCCCAAUUAAUGUGGAGUGGAAAUCAAAGUAUCAUUGGCCCUUACAAUCUCAAAGCUCUAUUUGAAGAAUAAUUCAACUAUAUAUAGAAAUACACACACAAAUAAAGUUGUUUGUAUAUAAGACAAAAUAAAUAUAUUAUUGUUUUCUUGUUGUGUGAAAAUAAGAAUACAACGUCUCCUUGAGAAUACUAUCUCAUUGGUAGAGACAUUGUGAUAUAUAAAAGCCGGAGUUCGAGUUUCAAAUUACCUAUUUAUUUAUCUAAGUUUAUUGAGAAUA